UAAAUAAAAACUGCCGUGUAAUCAAUUUUCGUCAUUCCUUCGUUCGGUCACGGCCGCAAAAUGUCGCGAAUUGUGGAUGGCAUCGAAAAUUUUCUAUUCAAACUUGGCAUUACUUUUGAGAAUCAAUAUUCAAUGACCAGUGUCGGCUACAUGUGCCUGUAUCUCUGGCAGACGAUGCUUUAUCUGUUUGAUUCAUUCUGCGCAGUUACCGGAGAUCGCAAAGUCGAGCGUUUUGACAAUAUCGGCUUCUUCGUUUCGUUCAUACUUUUUGCGAUCAUCUAUGGUUUAUUGUUCGUGUUGAUCGAGCCGGAGAACAAGCGAUGGUUCAGUUUCUGCGGAAUUUUAGGGGCAAUCCGUCUAGUCACCUCCACCAUCUUCUAUUUCUACAUUUAUCUUCGUUUGAAAGUUGAGGACAAUCGACAGUUUUUGUAUUGGACAAACCGCAUGGCUCCGAUUUCAAUGCUAUUCAUGUCCGGGUUGUUGAUGAUUUCGGUGCUGAUUAUGUGCAAGAUGAGCUUUUUCCGGUCGUCUAAGAAGGUGCUGGAAGAUUUGUACGAAGUUGAGGAGACUGGUGGAAAGAAGGCUGUUUAAAAGCAAAAUUGGAUUGUCUAAAUUUUUGAUAUUUAUUUUCUUCAAAAAUAAAUGACACCCUAAAAA